AAUCUAGAGUCCGGGUUGAUAGGUGGUCUUCUGGACAGCAUGUGGGUAGUUUUAAGCCACUCGGCGUUGGCUGAAAAAUCCCAGCUUGGUGGCACCGGUCGGGGAUUGAACUCGCGUCCUCCUGAACGCGGGGCCGUCUCACUAUCUGUUCAGCCACCGCCUCCCUGCAGGACUGAAAUGAAUACACGGAUGUGUAAGCGAAUUCUAGAGGCAAUAAGGGAGAAGUCAUGAAGCACACCGGCCCUCACUUCAAAGAUGGGGAUGUACUGAGCUUUGAAUAGUACCAUAUGCUCAGUUACCUAGAGCGCGCGAGCCAGACACUCGGGUGCGGCAACUGGAAGUACGUACCUCGGCCGCCAACUCUGUGCUCCAGCCGGCAAUUUCAAAGUGGAGGUGAGGUAAAACGACGAACUGGUAACCAACGUUCACCUGAGCAGCCACAGUGGGUGCGGCAAGUGGCUGCCAGCUGCAGGUAUGAGUGAGUGGAAGACCUCUACGCUGACAAACACCACGUUCAUCACAUAGAGCAACAAUUACAUUCGUCACAGCUCCGUUAUCAUCUUGGUGUUCGAGGUCGACAAGGAAUAGAGAAAUAAGAAGGAAGGGGGAAAAGGAAGACAUGGAGAAUGCAGGUGAACUGUCAUGAGAGGUUGCAUGUUUACGUAAUGUGGUAUUUCCCCCUUGUGAAGGCGUGUACAGUCAUUGAAGGUCACGAUCCGAAGGUCAACGUUCACUCUUAUAAACUUUCGUAUUCACAAACGUUUAGUGCCUUAGUAUAUCCAUUUGAAAAGGUUCUUGUACAAGUUGUUUACUCACAAGGACUGUUUCAUAAGCCUUGUAGUAGUUGUACAAGGCUUCACGUCCGUGAUACACUCCGGGCAAGCACAGGAGCACCUCUGCUGCAUCAAGGUCUCUGUUGCUCAGCCCAAAACAGCAAUGAGCAGCCACUCAACUACACGCUAAGGAUCAAUAAGAACACCGGAGAAGAAGUAAUCACGCCACAACAGCAGCUACAGUGAACGAGGUGGAGAGAACCAGAGCAAAGAGCGGGAACACAGGGAUGAGAGUGGCGAUCGAGGAGCCGCAAAAAAAAGUGGUGAUGAGUAAAGGAGAUAAAGAGCAAGAGCAGAAGGAAGAGAGAAAAGGAAGCGCGAUGGAAAAGGUGAAUAAGGGCUUCAAACGCUUCCUUGAAGAUCUGACGAACAAAAGACUUUUUGUAUAUAAGAUGAUCUACUUCACUCUCCUGGCGGGUGUUGUGAUCCUCUGGCCGCAGUUCACAGUUCACCAGGCUUCUCUGGGCCUUACCGUGGCUCACACCGGUACCUUUAGCGCUAUAGUGUCGGGCGUGAGCGUCGUCAUCCCCUUUCUCUCCGGCGUCCUCGGCGACAAGAUGGGCAAUUACAAGAUAAUGCUAAUUAUCACAACAUUGCUGGCAGCGCUGCUGGCUUUACUCUUCUCAAUCGUGCCCAGCGCUAAGAUACCCAAUCUCAACAAUCUCAAUGGCACGAAUUACACUACCGACAUCACCACCACAUCCACAUAUGAUACCGUCACUCUCCCCACACCCGCCAACUCCACCUCGUCCUCGUCUUCUCUUGGCUUGGUGGAUGAAGACCUGAUGCCCUUUACAUUCUGGAGCUACCUGGCCGUUCGUGUGCUCUACGGAGUGCUGCAGGCCGUCAGUUACACUCUCUUUGAGGCUGCAGUGAUGGUCGAGGUGCAGGCAACUGGCAUGGACUACGGCUUUCAACGGGCGUGGGGGACCCUGGGUGUAAUGGUGGCAUCUUUUCUUAGCGGCUACCUGGUGGAACUCACAGCAGGGUUCAGCAUAGUUUUCUACAUAUCGACUGCACUCCAAGUGGUGGCGGCGGCGCUCAUGUUAUUCCUACGUCUUGAAUUUAAGCUACCAGCCACGUCCCUCACACGCAACAUCUUGAGCCAGAUCGCCAACGCUGAGGUGCUGAUGUUCUUCGCUGCGGUGCUUGUCGCUGGCAUUUUCUUCGGCUUCCUGGAGACUUACAUGUAUCGGUACCUCUCUGGGCUGGGCGCGUCCCCGGUGCUAGUGGGCCUCACGGUGACGGUGGGAGCGCCUUUUGAAGUGGUUCUCACCCUGCUGGCAUCCUACCUCGUUCCCUUGACUGGCCACGCCCCCAUCAUCGUGUUUGGUCUCUUCGGCCAUGCUGUUAGGCUGUUCGGUUUCAGCCUGCUGGUGAACCCCUGGUGGGUGUUACCGUUUGAGAUCCUUGAGUCAGUGACCAACGGGCUCCUCGUCACCGUGGGGAUUAUGUACUGCACCGUCCUCUUCUCCCUCGAGUCCAUAGCGUCCUUCAGAGGCAUCUUCUCUGUCGUCUACUUCGGAGUGGGCCAGCUGGUUGGAGCUGCAAGCGGUUCUUGGUUACAAAGUGCACUUGGUGACAGAGGUGCGUUUAGAGCAUUUGGAUACUUUGCCGUCGCUUUCGCCUUUAGUUACGCCGCAGCCUACUAUGCCUUCAGAAGACGCGGGAGGAGCAAGGAGGAAGCAAGGGGGCCCGCGGAGCAUGCUGGGGAAAACAGGUCUUCACAGCAACCAGCAUCAUCAAAUGUGGGGACACAAAUGAAGGGUUUUGAUAAUAAAGCUUGGGUAGCGGACGUGUAGAAAAGGAGGAGGCCUAAAAGGUAUUAUACAGGAGUAUAAUUUAAGUUGAUGUAAUUCCAUUGGAAGGUUGUGAUGUAGAAAGGUUGUGAUGUGGAAAGAAAGUAAAAACUGAAGAAAUUAUAAUAAAUAUUUUUUUUAUAUCAGAAAACAAGUAAUGUGACAGGAUGGCAAAAUAUAAAUAUACAAAUCUAACUGAAGCAAAAUCAAAAGGAAGACAGAAAAGAAUGUGGAGAAAACAAACCAAAAUAAAAAAUGUGGAAAAUGUCUCGUGUGAAUUCAUGGAACCGAUGAAGAAAAUUGUAUAAAGGCAUAAUAUUGGGUGAGGGAGACUUGUCGUGAUGCCAAAUUGGAUAAAUGUGCUGUCAAUGAACCUGGAAGAAAUAGACAACAAGAGGAGGUGGUUGAGCGGUCAGCGUAAGGGAACAAAUGAUUAUGAACAGUGAAAACUCUCCCGCUGCCUUUGUUUACAAAAUCCUGGGACUCCCUUGUAGCCUCUCACUUGAAAGAAAAUGGACUCUCUCUCUCUCUCUCUCUCUCUCUCUCUCUCUCUCUCUCUCUCUCUCUCUCUCUCUCUCUCUCUCUCUCUCUCUCUCUCUCUCUCUCUCUCUCUCUCUCUCUCUCUCUCUCUCUCUCUGUGUGUGUGUGUGUGUGUGUGUGUGUGUGUGUGUGUGUGUGUGUGUGUGUGUGUGUGUGAAAUGGAUUAAGGACAGACUAUAACUUCAUUAUGGUGAUUGUCCCCCCUCUCUCGGGCUCACGUGCGCCUCGGAUACCAGUCAAUCAAUAGGCGCACCUAACAUCAUCAUAGCCGAUUCAGGAUUCAGUACGUUUCCUAACUUAUUGGCGGUAAUGUUAUAAUUGUAUUUCGUAAAGAAUCCUUAUAACCGAAAACUAACUAAAAUUAUGAGUAUUCUUUGUCUUGAACAGAAUAUUGAAUAAACAACAGAACAAUAAUAUGAAAAUACGUUCAUAUUUUAUACGACAACUGUGGCUCGAGGCAACAGCGCACGCCAUUUUGCGGGUAUCAGAUACUUUAAAUAAGCAUAUUUUUACUGCCCAAACCAGGUGGUGGCACUUAUUGUGACUUCGUGAGCUUUCAUAUCUAUCUAUUUGUGAAUAUUUCAUGGAGACAUAACAUACCUUACUACUCUCAAUUUUACUAGUGACACGAAUUUUCACUCAACUAAGUGAGUCAGGCACCAUAGAAAUAUAACCAGUGUGUGUACGAAUGAAUACAAAGAUAAGGACAUACUUUGAUUUAACUCUAGGAUGUCUCGUGGAUCAUUUAUAAAUAAAAACAAAAAAAUCCGGUUAGGCAACUCCUAAGGCCACUACCGUCGCUAGAGGCACGAAAACAGUCCCUCUACCAAGUUUGUACUCCACAUUUGAGACACCAGUUACUGUCUCACGAAUUCUUAUCGAAAAAAUAGUCGUUUCUGGCUAGUUAUCAAAUUUUACCUAAAAAAAUGUAAUGCGUAUCAGAUUCUCUCUAUCACAUUAAAAUGUCAGUGCAUGCGGCUGACCCUUUAAAUUCCACUGCACAGACAAAAUUGUUUAUCUUGAAGACAAUGUCUAUAUGUGUUCUUUGUUUCAGUUUUGUGUGCCCCUUUCUGAGGCCAUUUUUUUUUUUUUUUUCAAAAAGGAGGUAUGUGAAAAAAGUGAGAGGUACAGGGAAAGCCCAGGAUUCUGUUAUGAAAGAUAGCGGGCGAAUCAGCGCUGCUCAAAAUUAUUUUGAACAAGAAGUCUUCACGUGCUCCAAUAAAAUACUUAGGUGAGGAACCUUUAACCAAAAAAAGGUACAUAACAAAAAUAGUAUACUAUCUGUGGUACCUACACAACAAAAAGAAAAAAAUAACAAUGAUAAUUUUUUUUUAAUAAAGACGACUCGAAAGUCCAGAAGUUGAAGUGGGAGUAGGAGGCUGAGUGUUAGGCGGAAGGGGCACACCCAUAUGCUUGAUCCUAUCAGCGUGAACUACCUCUGAACAAUGAUUGACCGGGUCAAGAAUGUUAAAUUUAUUACCAUGCAUCUUUGCAGUAAUAAGGUAAGGGCCUGAAAAUUUAGGGAGCAAUUUGCAAGAGCAGUUAGGUACAUGCUUCAUCACCGAGUCUCCAACACUGAAGGUGAUGGUACUUGCUUGAUGGUGUUGUUUACGCAGCAUCUCCUCGCGGGAAGCUUUAAGCUUAUCCCUCUCAGAAGCGUGAAUAGUUUGAAAACUGUGGAGCUGCAUCUGAGAGUAAUCAUCAAAGGAAUUGUGGGGGCGAGGAGUCUGCAGAAUGACAUCAUAAGGCAGUCUUUUGUCGUAGCCAAACAUUGUGUAGUCAGGCGCUUUGUCUGUAGAGGAAUUGACAAAGUUGUUAAUAGAAGCAGCAAAAUGGGGAAGCCAAUCUUCCCAAGAUUCCUGAACGACCUCCAUAAGGACGGAGAAUCUCUAGAAUUUUCCUGUUGUUCCUUUCAACAAGGCCGUUAGACGCCGGAUGAUGAGCAGUAAUGACUGCUUGUUUAAUUUUAAACUGUUGGCAAAUGUCACGAAGAACUUGGUUCUUAAAUUCUGUCUCAUUAUCAAUGGGAAGUACACUGACAGCAAAACUUAGUCAAACCGCCUUAACAGUUAGUCUGGAUGACUAAUAUUAAUCGGUCUUGUACCGUGGACUAAUUGCUAACUAAUUUUCAACGGGCUAGACUAAUCCUGGACCAAUGAGUAACCCAUGUUCGUCAAAGAUACUACUUAAAAUCAGGCAGGCACCGUAAAAAGUUAGUCUAGUUGACAAACUUUGCUACGUCAUAAUAUCUGGACUAAAUUUUGACGUAUUUAACUGAACUGGACUAAUUUAUCAAUUCAUAUCAGUUACAGCCUCAUUUAUCAGUAAUAUAUCUAAGAUAAUUCUUAUAGCACUAAAUCAUGAAAGAAAACUGACUGGUGAUAACUCUUAACUAUGUGGCGUUCCUGUCAUGAUGGUUAAGAAAUAUGGGAUCGGAAUAAUUGUUUUAUUUUCAUUUUACU